AUGCAGCGGAUCGAGAAGGAGUUCAAGGAUAUGACUUCGAAAGACUCCUUGUACAUCAUCGGUAGAGACUCGAACGAUUUGUUCAAAUGGAAUGCGAUGAUUCAAGGUCCAGAUGGUUCUCCAUAUGCCGGUGGCAUGUUUAGUAUUGACAUUAAAUUUCUUAAAAAUUAUCCUUUUUCAGCACCCAAGUUUACGUUUAAAACUCUGAUUUAUCAUCCAAAUAUCAGUUCUGAAGGAUCAAUAUGCCUUGACAUUCUUAAAGACAACUGGGAUCCCCCUCUCAUAGUUGAAAAGGUCCUUUUGUCCAUCACUUCAUUAUUGGCAGACCCAAACCAGAUGCUCCUCUUGUGCAGGUAUUGGAGAGCUCUUUAA